AAGAAAUAUGAAGAAUUACAUUCAACAAAUCGAUAUUCAAGUAAUGCUAAUGUUAAUAAAACGGCAAGUUCAUCAAUUUUAACUGAACGAGACAAAAUCUAUGAUCAAAUACCUCGUUCAUAUGAACGUACUCAGGAGACACGUCAUACAAUGGCUCCUAUAGGAAAUUCUGAACCAAUUAUACAUACUUAUAGAUUAAAACGUUCAAAUUCUUAUGAUGGUCUUGGAAUAAUGAUUUCAGCUGAUUCUGAUACACGUGUAAAUCAUUUUAUUCGUGAAGUUGAACCAAAUUCUCCAGGUUAUCUAGCUGGUUUACGUAAAAAUGAUCGUAUUAUUAGUAUUAAUGAUGUUAAUGUUGAGAAUGUUGAUUUUAGUAAUGUUCUCAUGCUUAUUAAACAAGGUUUAGAUAAUGAUAAUCUUCAAAUAUCGGUUAUUCAUACAUCCGAAUAUAAUUAA